AUGCGCUCCAAGAAAUCGACCACCACGAGCGAACGCGACGCCUACACGGUGGGCUUUCGCGAGCUGGAAAACACGAUGAUUCGACUCAGUGGCGUGGGCACGGUGCUGCAGAAGCAGAUCGCCGCGGACACGCAGAGCGGGAAGCUAGCCGUUACGACCGUCGGAUCAAUGUCCGAUCGAACGGUGGAUCUGUUUCCUGACUACGGUGCGGACCUGAUGCGGCAGCUGCCCGGGGGCGUGACGACGCUCACGUUCAACGGCACGCUGGGGGCGCGAAUUCACUCGGCGUUCACGUACCCGUCGGGCGUGUUCACGGCGAAGCUCAUGUGCCCCAAGGGCGACACGCGCGGCCUCGACACCACAUUCUAUGUAAGCCACGACGCGAACACAGCCGCCAUUGGUCUAGCCUCGCACAGCGCACACGGGCUGCUUACAUGCUUCAUGCAGCGUAGUGGACCCCACUCCCAUGCCUUGGUCAAUUCUCCUCUUGUGCUUUUCGUCACCACCCAAUCUCUUUCUCGUGUUUCCCUUCCCGUGUGCUUUCCUGCCCCCUUACGCCCGAUGCAGUUAUCCUCGAUAGAAGGCGGCCCUGGGACGGACUCGAUACUGAUGAGCAUAUUCGGGAACGACCGCACGCGCGUGCGGUGCCUGACGCUGGUAGACGGUGAAUCGGGGUUGACACACGAGGUGGAGGUGGGGAACGACUGCGCCGCUGGUUACCACACCAUCAGCAUCAUGUGGUCGGGCCGCCUCAUUGUGUGGAAGUACGACGAUUUGAUCCUGCGCGUGUCGUCGCGCAACAUGCUAUCGCCCUUCCCCGUGUCCACCACCAUGUACCUCUACGCCUCCAUCUACGACACCGCCAAAUACCCCUACGCCUGGCAGGCCGGCUACCUCACCAACGCCGACGCGCCCUACGUAGUCUCUUAUAAAGACACCUCCGCGGUUGUCCCCGCGCCGUCGUACAACUUCGGACUUCCGCUGGACCUAAACAAUGGCGCCUCGGUUCCCGGGUCGGCAAUCGGCCGCGGGCCGCUGUGGCCAAUCGCGAUAGACUAUUGCUCGGACCACGUGGUGACUUUAAAGGGGUAUCAGAGUAUCACGUUCGACGAUAAGGGGUGCGGCGGGCGGUUCCAUUCGACGGUGCGGCACUACUCGGGGGUGUUCACGGCGUUCGUGCAGUGCCCCGCUGGAAACACGUCCGGUCUCGUCUCCGCGUUCUACGUGAGUGGACCUUCCGCUGUGCUCCUAUCAUCGGAGGAGGGCAACAAGGAGCAGGACGAGAUCGACUUCGAGUGGCUGGGCAAGGACAAGACGGCCGUGCAGACCAACUUCUACGUCAACGGCCAGGGCGGCCGCGAGGUGCUCGUGCCGCUCGGCUUCGACUGCUCCAAGGGCUUCCACAACUACACGCUCCUCUGGACCACCGACCGCCUGCAGUGGUUCAUUGACAACAAGAUGGUGCGCGACGUGCAGCGCGCGCAGGCAGACGCGUGGCCUGUGAAGCCCAUGUUCGCGUACGCCUCCAUGUGGAACGCGUCGAGCAUCUCGAACGGUUGGUGGAGCGGCACGUGGAGCGGCAAGGACAUCCCUUACGUCAUCAAGUUUAAAGACAUCAAGAUCGGAAACGCGUGA